AUGAAGACGACGACACUGACUGCCGCCCUGGCCCUGGCGACCACGGGUUACUCGGCCGCGCAAUGGAGUCCCGUCUCCAGUGCUGCUACGGGUGCCAACGCAAGAUUCUCUCUGCAGCAGAUGUACAACGACAAGUUCAAAGGAGUCAACCCGACCGAUGCUCUCUUGCGUGCGUACUCGCGUUACGCAACGUUUGUGCCCGACCACAUCCAGGCCCUCGUUGAUAAGGAGCCGUCGCUCAAGGCUACAUUUCACGCCUUGUUCUCCGGUACAGAAACCCACGCUCUAAAAACCGUACACGCAGAAGCGGCACCCCCGUCAGAUGUCGACUCUGAAUACGUGCUUCCCGUAUCUCUCGGCACACCACCCCAAAUUCUGCCUCUAAAUUUGGACACUGGCUCUUCAGACUUCUGGGUCUUUUCCACAGCUACCCCUCAAGAUGAGCUUCGGGGCCAGAAGAUUUACUAUCCUCAAAACUCAACAACCAGCAAGACGCUCCCAGGUGAGCACUGGAAGAUUAGAUACGGCGAUAAUUCAACCGCCAACGGCGAUGUGUACAUUGAUCGCGCCGCUAUUGGCCCCGUGGGCUUUGAUAAGCAAGCCAUCCAAGUCGCCACGGCCAUCUCCAGUUCCAUUGCCGAGGACGGCUUCUUUUCCGGCAUCCUCGGCAUGGCUAGCAGCUAUGCCAACACAGUCAAGCCGACCAAGCAGGUGACCUUUUUGGACAACAUCAAGGACACACUCGACGCGCCCGUCUUCACCGCCAACCUGCAAAAGGGCAUGUCCGGCAACUACAACUUUGGGUACAUUGACGCGUCCGAGCACACGGGCGACAUUGCCUAUACCCCCAUCAACACCAACUCUUCAUUCUGGGAGGUGGAGCUCAGUGGCUACCAGUUUGGCCAAGACGCCUUCAAGAAUGAAAGAGUUGUUGGUAUCGUGGACACGGGUACAACACUCUUGUUGUUCCCUCAGCAUGUUGUUGAUGAAUACUACGGAAAAUUGCCCGGCUCCUUCUUUGAUAAACAGUCGGCCACCAUGGUGUUCCCCUGCGACUUGACCCCGCCCGACUUCUUCUUCGGUGUCGGCAACGAUUACCGCGGCCGCAUCCCCGGGCACUACAUGAACUACGCGCACCAGUCUGCCAAGUACUGCUACGGCGGUCUGCAGUCGGCCAAGGGUAUCCCCUUUUGCAUCUUUGGAGACAUUCUACUCAAGGCGCAGUUUGUAGUCUUUGACCGCGGUAAUCUGUCCGUCGGCUUUGCCAACAAAAAGACGGUUCCUGCUCCGCAGAGCUAG